CAAACAAUCGCAGCUUUCUACCAACAGCAGCAGCACACAGAUUCGGUGCUCCAUCGCUCAAUAUUUACCAUUCAUUGUUAGUUCGUCCGUCAGCGCUUGCAUUACCAUGGUGGAACACUGCCACUAGCCUGGCGUUCUUCUCGUGUUAAACGGGCGGGCAGUAAAUGCAUCGGAAGACGGGGAGGGUUCACCAAACGCAGAAGGUGUCGAAAACAGCGGAAUUGCAAACGAGCUCACAAGGACGUGAAAAAGUGAAGCAAUAGAAAUUCGUUCGAUGCGUCGCCGUACGAAAGGGCAAAUAGCGCAAAUGUCAAAGUGAGGCGAGAAAGAAGGAAUCACACAAACAAAAAAAAACCUUCAUCCUCUAUCUGUGCAACUCCCUCACCCCCCCCCCAAGCGAGUGUGUGAAUGCGUGCUGGUAACGAGACGCAGAUUAGAUUAGCGAGAGAGAUUCAUUUCGGUGAAGUAAUAAUUCUAGUGGUGGUACGCGCAGUUUCGCUUCCAUAGGGGCUGAAGAAGGUGGUGCAGAAGAGCGGCCGAGUUCUCUUUGUUUCUGCCUGCACCCUGCACGCACGAUCCUUGGGCGAGCGAGCGGUGGUGGUGAAACGGAUAGCCGAGCGGCGGAGGUGGUGGUGUUCAGUGUGUGCCUGUGCAAUCGCAGUAAAUUGGCAAGUGUAGCACCAACACAUCCUAGCGAGGGCCAAGUGUAGUUUUCUACUAGUAUCUUGUGUGCGUUACUAGUACCGAGCCCCAGCUGCCAGUCCGGAAGUUGCAAUGGAUGGCGAUUCGGAAAAACAGCCGCUCCUGAAGCAAUCACAGCAACAGCAACAAUCGCAAGAUGCAGGCUCAGUACAACCGGUCGUGAAUGCAUCUCCCAUCGGUCCGGACGAGGUGCCACCCUCGUAUCAGCAGGAGCAACAGAAUAGUAUUAUAGUGACGUGCCGCGUCUGUCAGGCACUGAUCGACAUCUCCUGGAAAAAGGAACAGCAUGUCGUCAAGUGUUUGCAGUGCAACGAAGCGACGCCCAUUCGAAAUGCACCGGCCGGCAAAAAGUAUGUCCGCUGUCCGUGCAACUGUCUGCUGAUUUGCAAGAGCUCUUCCCAGCGGGUCGCCUGCCCCCGCCCCAACUGCAAACGCAUCAUCAACCUGGCCCCGAGCCCGGUAACGCCCCCGCUGCUACCGAUGCCCGGCAUGUGCCGCGUUACCUGCGGCCACUGUCACGAUACGUUCCUGUUUGAUACGUUGAAGAACAAUCUGGCUCGGUGUCCGCACUGUCGUAAGGUGUCUUCGGUCGGGGCCGACUUUUGCCGCAAGCGACGCAAUCUACACUUCCUCGGUGGAAUUAUAUUUUUGGCUAUCGGUAUCGGCGUUACCUUUGCCACCUACACCUACGUGCGGGAUUACAGUGGUAUAUUUGUGGCAUACAUUAGCCUGUUUCUCAUCUCGUUGCUGCUCUUCGCAAAGACGGUUUACUACUGUUCGCUGAAGAUAAGCAACAUUGACGGCCCGUUCACAAAUGUGGCAUCUUAAGAGGAGCGGGUGGGUGUGGAACACCAGGGGAAAAAAAGUGAAGGUCCACAAAACAUUCCUUAGUAUGAAGCAAAUAUGAGAACACCGGCUCGUCCCCCCCCCCCCCCCCCCCCCCGACUCAGAAUGCGCAUGGACGUGCAUGGUGAUAACGGUAGGUAACAUUAAAAACACAGACAGAGACAGAGGCGGCGGCGGCAGCGGCGUGUGGAGUAUUGGUGGAAUAGUUGGGGGUCGGAGUUGGAGUUUGGCGGGAUCGCUCGUGCGGAUCGGCCGCGAAAUUCGGCGCUAACAUCAGCAAACAUACGUGAGGUGAUUGGGCAGGGCUGAUGUGGGCUGAAUAACUGAAACAUUUAAAAAAAAGUGUACACGGGCAAACGAUUAAUCAAAAAACAUUAUCGUUUAGUUGGGUUUUCAAUGCACCAUGCAAACCAACUUGCGAGACCACCGACCACCGAGGGAUGUCGCAGCAACCCGGGUGUGUCGCCAGGCAAAGUUAGGCAAAGCUCUGUAAGGUUGAUACAGAAAAACAAGCAAGUGGAAACGGUGAACGAAAGUGAAUUUGCAUCGAUUGUGUUUGUGUGUUUGUGUGUAUUUUCAACAGCCCCUCCUAAAAGUGGGGCCAAUAUCCUCUUGCUGUUCCCCGUGUCCCUGUUUCAUUAUGUGUUAUGUUCUUUUAAACGUUUAUAAUGUCAUGAGUUUUUGUUUGUUUGUUUUAUCACACCUAGCCAAGCACAUAUAACAUGUAUGUACGUAUUAUGAUUUAAUAUUAUUGUAUAGAAUGUGAGUGCGCGAGUGUGUGUGUGUGAUUGCGGCUCACGAGGAAAGGAGGCGCGCCUCGAUCGAGCAGUUUAGCCGGAAACAGGACAAGAAUUCACUUACGCAGGAAUAAUAAUCACACUGUCCUGGACCAUAAAACAAGCGUCCACAUGUUGGCAGCAAUGAGCGCUUGUUGGAUGACUUGGAAAACAGUGUAAUGGUGGAAUAUUGAGCAUCGAUCGAGGUUCGAGCGGUGAUGAUCGAGGCAGAAUAUGGUUGGAAAACACGAUCACGAAGCUUAGCCGGCAGGGUGUUGGGAAAGGUGUGUCGUACAGGUGGCGUACCAAAAUUGCUAAUGAAAAAACACAUUUAUUCAUCCAUAUUAUACAUAUGAAACAUACAUUCAUACAUUAACUUUACACACGGUGUGCAUCGGUGGUCUCGUGGUGCGUCUGAUGCUCCAUAUGUGUAAUACUAGUGUAGCCAUAAGCAUACGAUAAUACAUUGGAAAGGCGGCGUGCCGGGCCUUGUUGUGCUGGGAUGUGUGUCUUCACGUGCCACUGGCUAAAUGCAAACGGCCCAAUUAUAGUGGCAAGAUAUACAUGCGCAAACCAACACACGGAGCAAGAAACACAGGAGGUUAUUAGCUAAUGUUUUACUAAAGAUUGAACAUAAUUAAGUUACAUGCGUGUAUUGAGCCUGUAAAUCGUGCCCCCGCGACACAUCCACGUUUUCCAACAACAGCAAACAAUAACAAACCAAUGUUAAGCUUCUUGAGAAAUGUACGCUAUCGCUCCCCUCUCUUGUUCGUAUUAUGAUAUUAGUUGUGGAACCUUCCACCCUAUGCUGGUGAUGUACUAAAGAUGCGCAGAAGAAAAUAGAAAGAAUUUUGGGAUAAGGACCCAAUGGGGGUGUAUGUGAGUGUUCGCAAAAUGGCCCCCAAAAAUUCUUCAUCUGGUGUUUAGUUUUGGAGAUAGUAUUUGGGGAAGACAACGAGCGGGUUGGGUUUUGCACCAAACAAAAACCGGAUACAGAUAUAUAAAAUACGCUUUCCACAUUUCUCACUAAGUAGGCGAUGACGAGGCGAGCUCUCCUGCUGGCUGCGCGAGCUCUGCUGUAUAAUGAAUGCAUGAAGGCAGAAAUAAAGGCAAUUUAGAUACGGUAA